CUGUUAUGGUCCCACUGGGCACACUGGAACGAAGUUGUGUUGUGCAAUAGAGUUGAUAAACGAAACUGGGUUCUAUUUUUUUUAUUGUUUAACUUACAACGACGCCCGGCGGUGCGACUGAGACGGCAAAUCCAGCGUGCGAUCCAUCCUAAAAAAAUAUAUAGAAAUUAAAUCCCAGUUGAAAAGAUAUAUUAUUAUUAAAAUCAGCGAAAAUGUUGCGUAGCCUGUCACGCGUUAGCGAAUUGCCAAUUAUUGUUAAGCAACUGCAAAAACGUUGCAAUAACAACAACAGUAGAAGUCGCACGAUCAGCUGCAACAACAAUAGCAACAAUAACAUCAACCGGAAGAGGAAUACAACCGGAAAUGGAGAAAGGAUACUACUACAACAACAACAACAAUCAUCAUCAUCACUGAUAUCUGUUAGAUAUUCAUCGUCGUUUUUCGGUUUAUUCCAGAAUGCAGCAUCAGCUGGUGUGGCAAAAACCAACAACUAUGCCACGGAGGCCACCAUACAAGUGAAUCGGCCCUUCAAGCUGCAUCGCCUGGAAGAGGGACCUGCCACGGAAGUAAAACUGACCAAGGAUGAGGCCCUCAAGUACUACACACAGAUGCAGACCAUCCGGCGACUGGAGACCGCCGCCGGCAAUCUCUACAAGGAGAAGAUCAUCCGCGGCUUCUGUCAUCUGUACUCCGGACAGGAGGCCUGCGCCGUCGGCAUGAAGGCGGCGAUGCGCGACGUGGACAACAUCAUUUCGGCGUACCGUGUCCACGGCUGGACCUAUCUGAUGGGUGUCUCGCCGGCUGGUGUCCUGGCCGAGUUGACCGGCGUCCAGGGCGGUUGUGCCCGCGGCAAGGGCGGCUCCAUGCACAUGUACUCCCCGAACUUCUACGGCGGUAAUGGCAUUGUAGGUGCCCAGGUGCCACUCGGAACAGGAGUGGGUUUGGCCUGCAAGUACAAGGGCAAUGGUGGCAUGUGCCUGGCGCUGUAUGGCGACGGUGCCGCCAACCAGGGACAGGUGUUCGAGGCCUACAAUAUGGCCUACCUGUGGAAACUGCCCGUGAUCUUUGUCUGCGAGAACAACAACUACGGAAUGGGUACUAGCUCGGAGCGUGCCUCUUGCAACACGGAUUACUACACUCGCGGUGAUGCUCUGCCCGGUAUUUGGGUCGAUGGCAUGGAUGUGCUGGCUGUCCGCAGUGCCACCGAGUUCGCCAUCAACUAUGUGAACACUGUGGGUCCGCUGGUCAUGGAAACGAACACCUACCGGUACUCGGGACACUCGAUGUCCGAUCCCGGCACCUCGUACCGUACCCGCGAGGAGAUCCAGGAAGUGCGUCAGAAGCGUGAUCCGAUCACCUCCUUCAAGGAGUUGUGCAUCGAACUGGGUCUCAUCACCGCUGAUGAGGUUAAGGCCAUUGACCUGAAGGUGCGCAAGGAGGUGGAUGAGGCCACUGCCUUUGCGAAGAGCGAUGCCGAGCUGGGAGUUAGCCAUUUGUGGACGGAUGUCUACUCCAACAACCUGGAGCCGAAGCUGCGCGGCACAAUUGGCUUCGAUCUGGAUCACAUCCAGGAGCGCAAGGGCGUCAACCACUAAAGCCUCUAAAAAGACGGGCAACGAAUCCGAUUCGGGGAACUCACACAGGACACAGGAGACAGGACAUAAGACAUAGGAUACAGGACUCGGACUAAGACUCAGACAGAUACAAAACACACACAUAAGCGAAAUCUCUAGCUCUUAAGCGAAAAGUUGAAGUUGAAAAGGAUAGAUGACGGAUGAGAACCCAAGAAACACCCAAGAGCACUCCCAAUAGUAAUCACAUCGUAGAGCACCACUAGAAACCACUGGGGCGGAGGAUGAGAUGCUGGAUUAUUGGAUGGACCGGGGGGGAUUACUGGAUUGGAUAUUAUAUUACGAAAGUGUUCAAUAUGGAUAAAGCGAAAGGUGUAAAUUGUUGAAAAUAUAAAUGCCUAGAAAGAAAAUUAAA